AUGAUGGGCCGCUCCAUUGGGCUACUUUUCAGCGUCCUACUAGCAAGCUUGCCUCAGACCCACGUCUACGGCCGGAAAGGUGGUAAUGGACACAAGGGCAAUCACAUCCUACCAAACCAUUCAAAGAAUGGAUCUGUCAUGCCGUCUGGUGGCAUCAGCCGCCACGCUAGUCCUCCUGGUAAUGCUCACGGUGACGCGUGCGUCAGUGGUGCUGUGAUUCCCAACCUAGAGCCACCUGCGGGUGCUCUUGUUGUUGACAUCGGCAUUCACAAGUCUAAGGGCAACUUUUUUGCAACGGUGCCAGAAGCUUUCAAGAGGGCAGCUGAACUGACUCCGACCCAAGAUGUCAUCAUCUUCAUCAAGCGUGGAAAAUACGCUGGAAAAUCCACCCUCGAUUUGUUGGUUCAGGGCCGCGAGAACAAGCAUUCUGUGACUGUCUAUGGCGAGACUCCCAACAUGUGUGAUCACUCUCUGAACUUGGUACACCUUACCCACCACGCGACCUUCGAUACACCGGAUUCCAAGCAAGGCCUCAACAGCAUUACGACACUGACACUGACUGGAUACCACAUCAGCGUGUACAACUUGAAAAUUGAAAACACCGGCACAAAAAACCAAGCUCCUGCCUUGUCUACCAAGGGACAGUACCAAUAUCUUUAUGGCUGCAGCAUGAUGAGUGAGCAAGAUGUCUGGUAUCUUUUUAUUGGUAGUGCUAUGUUCAUCCGAGGGAACAUCACUAGUAUCGUCGAUAUGAUCUCCAAUAAGGGAGCUGGUCUGGUCGUCACGGAUAGUACAAUCACUAUUGCAAACUCAGGGAAGCGUGAUCAAGUGUUCAUUCUUGCCUCAGGACGAGAAAAUGACAAGGAUCCAGGCAGCAUUGUGGACAAUUGUCACAUUGAAUUUUCGCCGGGCAAGGAAUGGAGGGACGAUCAUGUUUUCUUGGGUCGUGAUUGGAAGCAGUGGGCUUUGGCGUCUAUUCAGAACACUUUCAUUGACGGUCCGAUGAAGCCCUGGAGUGAACUUGGAUGGUCCCGGUGGAAGAAAAACGAUCACCACUACGACGCCCACUAUACGUAUUACAACUUGACAGGAGACGGCGUUCGACGUUACAAGGGAACCAACCACUUCUACGCUGCUAAGGCGCCCGUCAAGUUCGCUACGUGGCUGGCUCCGGAUUACUACAAAUUCUUGGAUCCGCGCUUUGCGAGCUGGAACGAGGGGCAGCGAUGA